GACAGGAGCAUCCCAGAGUGCAGUGCGAAGCUGGCACGCCCGUCCCAAUGGCAAAAGGUUGGAAGGGCCGCUCUCGUGUUUCCUUCCUGCAUGUCUUUUUACAUAUGGCUUGGUGCCUAUGCGCAUCACACGCACUCAAGGCAGCUAUGGAUGCAUGACAUGAAUGUAAUACUGAGUGCGCUGUUUGCCCGUGUAGCGAAGUGAAUGUGCUUGGUGAUUGCUUAGCCCGCUAGUAUUGUGGACGAUUUUGUGUUGUUGCUGCUGCUGCUGCUAAUGGAUCCAUCGAUUAAUGUGCCCCUCGACUCGAUGAAGAAGUUGGAGCGAUAUGUAAAGGCAAUCUCCGCUUGCUAGGUGAUUUCUCGGUUCUGAAAAAGCCUUGCUCCUGGCUAGGUAAUGGCUCCUUCUAUCCCCAAUUCUCCGGGACAACUGGCAAAACUGGUUUACGGUGGCAAAGGGACAAGACGCUGACCCCCACUGCCCGGCGAACCAGAACAACUUGUCCUUAUAACAUCAUCCAUCACAUGACAUCAUACCUUCUCAUUCCCGUUAUACGUGGAGUGGCGAGUUAAAGCGGAAUCACUUCUUCAGAAAUCUAUGGGCGAUUUUCGUUCGCACAAGAAACGCUCCAAACGAUCGUCCUAACAUUGGACACCGCUGUUAGGGAAGACACAGUCUUACCCAAGCAUCCUGGACCAUUCAGUGGAGAAGCUGUCACCAUCCUCGAGUGGACGCUCCAGCAUCACUCCUAGUCACAGAUCUAGCAUGGACCCACCAGUAACCAUGGAAACCUCACCAGAGGAUCUGAAACGUGCUCUGGAGUGGGAGCUUGGCCUGGAUAGCACGGACCUCCGCAGCCAUGCCUGGUACCACGGUACCAUCCCGAGACAACGAGCGGAGGAAUUGAUGACUGCAGAAGGGGUGUUCCUCAUACGAGACUGCAUUUCCCGGCCGGGGGACUUUGUGCUUACGUGCUGUUGGAAAGGGUCACCUCUACACUUUGUCAUCAACAAGGUUGUUCUGCAACCAUUCACUGUCUACGAGCGAAUUCAGUAUCAGUUUGAGGAUGACUGCUUUGACACAGUACCGGACUUGGUGACAUUCUACGUCGGCAACAAACGUCCCAUCUCGGUCGCAUCGGGUGCAGUUGUCACACGGCCAGUUAAUCGUAGCAUGCCCCUUUCGUAUUAUGCCACACGAUACGGUGUCGAAUGCCAAGUGCAGUACCCAUCCAAUGGACAGUCCUCCUCCUCUGGGCAGCAGCCACAGACCCCAUGUGGUACUCUGAGAGCAACACACUCCCAUAAGAAGGCAUUCGUUCGGGUUGGAAGUGACCCCAUGCUGAGUCCAACACUGGAGAGAAGACCUUGGGAGCAUCGCCCACUCUCUGGUACACUGAGUGCGGAAGUGAGUGAGAAGAUAAGGUUGGACACGGGGCAAAGUGAGGACAAGCCUCCUCCAAAGCCGAGCCGAGUGCCGUCACGCAGAUCGCAGCAGAAACCAAACAUUCCGCAACGAAGCAUUCCACAGUACGUCAACAACGGAGAAGGUCACGUUUACUCGGAACUAGUAGAGAGCAUCACGAAACCACAGACUGAAGACGUGCUGGGAGCCACAAGAGUGGCCAAGAACUUGCAGCGUGAGAACCAGCGAAUGAGACUAGUGGUAACUGUAUCGGCCGAGAACCCCGACACGUCUGACAGGACCAUAACACUUCCCGACCUUGACCCGCCAUCCACAUAUGACCUAUCAGCAUUUUCAACCAGGCUCCUGCCUUGUGACAACAAACCACUGGACAAGAGCGUUGUGGGACAUUUACGAGGGAUCAUAUUGGAGUGUGGUCCACGCGUCCUUGCCAAUCACCUGACGAGAGUGGACUUGGAUCUCUUGCAUGUGUCCAAGACCAAGGACCUGGGCCUUGGUGUUCUCUCAGGUCUGGAGCUUCUCCUUCUGCCACAGGGGUCACGUCUAAGGAAGGACCUUCUUGAAAGGACGGAAUGCCUCAAAUUCUUGGUAGCAGUUACAAUUCUGACAUGCUCAUCUGAAGACGAACGUGUGGAGCUGCUUAACAAAUGGAUUCAAGUUGCAAUGGACACAAAGACAGCUGUGGGGAACCUCCAUGGUUUCACUGGCAUCAUGCAAGGACUUUCUAUAACGCAGAUCUCGAGGCUGAAAGCAACUUGGCUGACCCUACGACAGAAGUACACUGCGACUGCUCUCGCGUACGAAACAAAGCUUCGACCAACCUUGAGGAGCAUGCAGGAAUGCAGCAAUCCCCAAGCACCGAAUACCUGCUUGCCCUACCUUCUUUCCCUGAUCACCAUCUUAGAAAUUAAUUACGACAUGGAAUGCACUAAGGCACCGAGCAAGGACGUGAAUGUGGAGUUGCCGUGGGAGCGCACUGCGUCGGACUACGGGUUACAGCUCUUGUUGCAGCACCUUGAGAAUGGUAGCGCCAUCAUCAGGCAGUAUGCAACACUCAAGAGGAACAGUGAGAUUGUGUUUGAGAAUGUCAAGUUAGAUGAUACGUUGCUGGAAGUAUUUAGAACAGAGUUUCAGCUGCUCUUUCUGUGGGGAGCAAAGGGAGCAACUGUGGCACAAAGUGAGAGACAUUCCAAGCUUGAGCAGGUUUUGACAGCUAUGUCCUAUCGCUGUGAAGCCACCAUUAGCUAAGCUAAGAUUCUUGUUUUAUACAACUAGAAGACCUUCAGAGCUUGCUUAAUUGAAAUGCAUCGAGAGAGUCUUAUGCCCGUGUCAGACGGACUAAUUUAGUGUCACAUUCAACGAGUCACACCAUUCGUGUGUGGUCAUGCAGCAUAUUUAGUGACUGUUGGCAGAAGGUGCACUAACGAUUUAUCGAGUUCCCCAAACUCACUUCACUCCUCUUCGACUGACUCGACGGCAGGCUUUGUGGUACAGGUAAAAAUAAUGAGAAAAAGCGAAUGCCCAACACCCCAAUAUUUUUAAACGAGUCUUCAAAAGCGUGUUUAUUUGAUUUUAGUACAGCGCGGUAUUGCACCGAAAAACGUGUCAUUACUCUCGUCACUGUCUUGGUGAUCCGGCGGCGACCAUUUUUGUUGUGGCACGUGUGCGAGGAUAAUUUGUUUUAUGCUGGAAGAAGAUUUCCAGGAAGUGACCUGGACAGAUACACUUACUUAAGCCAUGUAGCAAGCACGUAGUGGAAGUGACAUUCAUCUGGUUGAAUGCACUUGACAAAAAUGACACUAAAUUAGCCCUUCUGAAAGCACUAUUAGAAUUGUUGUGCAAAGUUUAUCUAAAAGGAGAAGUUGACUCUCACAACUACCACACUUCCUUUGUCGGCAAAUAUAGUGCCAUAGAGGGAUUACAUGAGGAAGAAUUGGAGCCCAACACCUAAAGUAUUGCUAUUACAUUCCAAAGCAUUUGAGUGUGGGAACCAGAACCCUGUGAAUUAAGUACUACAGGGAAAUUUAAUUUGAGGGCGGAUCAGUUGUGCGAGUAAAUACAGUAAUUUGUCAAGCUUGGUAGGUGACUAGGAUGGCCAUAAUUUGAUUUCAAAAUGCUUUCAAAGCAACAGCGCUUUACCACCUUGUUUUCACUGAAAUCUGAAAAUGCCAUUUGAAUUUGUGGCAGGUAACAUAUCCUUUAGAUGAUCCAAACUAUGAGAAGCAUAUUAAUGUAAGUGUACAAAGUACAAGACAGUUUCAAGUUACCAGGAAGAGUGUAACUGUGGAGCUUGUCGCACAUUUUCUGAAAAUUUCACUUUUCAUUUAUGAUUUUUAUUUACAAUGUGCACUACCAAAACAGCAAUGUUAAAGCAUCCCACUUAUUUUUAUGGCAGACAUUGUUAUUGCAAAUGAAGAAUGUAAAACUUGUGCUUGUCAUUUAUGUGACUCUUGAACCUGACUAGCCUUCUGUGGUAACCCAGAAUCUGUAUGCAGCUGUGAAAUGAUACUUUGAAUUCUAGUCAGUGGUCACCCAUUGCAAAAUGAUCGUUAUAGUCACGAAAAAUAAAAUGUACAUAGAUGCA